GUAUUAAUUCAUAUUAAUGGUCAAAAUAGUUUUUGCAGCGGUUACAUUUUGGUUAAAUGUCAGAUUACAGGUUAGGACGUGUUUCUCUGUUUCUCCUGGCAUGUUUCCUUACUUCAGCGUGUUUGGUUUUCUGGAGAUUGCCAACAGUGAGAAGAUUUCAUCCCCCCAGUCCUAAACCCGCUCGCCCAAAAAACGCAUCUAUAAUUUCAGCACAAGACAUGGGAAUCACUCAGGAGGAGUGGGAUAGACUUCGGAAGGCUUGUGACUGGCCCGGUCCAGAUGGAGAAAUCACUCGGCUGGAUCAGAGCACAAGUCCAGUCCACACAACAUUCUCUGUUGAGGGACUCAAUGACACGUACAAAGUGGGAGAUACGAUCCGCGUGACCAUCACAGCCAGAGACCACAACAACACCGUGAAAUCAUACGGAGGCGACUUUUUCAGAGCGAAGCUUUUGAAUUUGACCUUAAAGGUAUGUUUUUGA